GGAGAGCAUCCAUGAACACAAUCUUUAAAUCGCCUUCAACACAGACACACUGAAUGCCAAGCUACUAUGCAAAACGCGAUGCUGGAUAAGAAAAGGGAGAGAAAUCCCCUUAGCGGUCGUUUCAGUAAUAAUAAUAAUAUAGUACGCGCCCUUUAUAAAAGUAACUGAUAUCGCACAAAAGCAGGGAAACGGAACGGGGGAGAAAGCAGCGGCGAACUAUGCACCGAGGAUGAUUUCUGCCAGAAAAACUCCGGAGAAGAGUCGCUACCACCUGCAUUAUCUGGUGUGGCAUAACAAACACCGGCAGCUGGAGAAAGAGCUCUCAGCGCUCGAGCAGGUUGAUUUAGAAGUGUUGGACCCACGGGGUCGGACUCCUUUGCACCUGGCCGUGACGCUGGGCCAUUUAGAUUGCGCCCGUCUGUUAGUCCAGCGUGGAGCUGAUGUCAGCAAAGAAAACAGAAAUGGCUGGACAGUGUUGCAGGAGGCCAUCAGCUCACGUAACCCGGAGAUGGUGCGUCUGGUGCUGCGUUACCGUGACUACCAGCGCACCACCAAGCGACUGGCGGGGAUCCCACGCCUGCUGGAGAGACUCCGACAGGCACAGGACUUUUACGUGGAAAUGAAAUGGGAAUUUACGAGUUGGGUUCCGCUCGUGUCUCGUAUCUGUCCGAGUGACACAUAUCGGGUAUGGAAGAGUGGCCAGUGUUUGCGGGUGGACACAACGCUCAUGGGAUUUGAGCAAAUGACCUGGCAAAGAGGCAAUCGCAGCUUCAUAUUCAGGGGUCAAGACUCCAGCGCCAUGGUAAUGGAAGUGGAUCAUGACAGACAGCUGGUGUUUUGCGAGAUGCUGCCGUGCCUCUCUUCCUCUCCGACCUCGCCCUCCACCAGGCCGUGCACAAACACUUUGAGCCUUCUGGGGGCGCUGCAGCCCAGCGACGAACAGGUGGCGGCCCGUCUAUCUGCUCCCGUGGUGGCGACGCAGCUGGAUACCAGGAACAUCUCCUUUGAGAGGAAUAAAACGGGCAUUCUUGGCUGGCGUAGUGAGAAAACGGAGGUGGUGAAUGGGUACGAAGCAAAGGUUUACUGUGCUUCUAACGUUGAGCUGAUCACACGAACACGUACUGACCAUCUCACCGACCAGCACAAAACGAAACCCAAAGGCGCCAAGACUCCUCUGCAAUCCUUCCUGGGUAUCGCUGAACAGCACAUGGGGCCUAACAACGGACACACUAUGGUGACUCAGAUAUCAUGCCCUGCAACGAACCCUUUCGCCGUGACGGCAGAGGAGUACUUUAAUCCCAACAUGACUCAGAGAGACAUCGGCCAGCCCGGUCACCUCACCACCAAAACACAAAGGUUCAAAGCCAAGAUGUGGUUGUGUGAAUCACACCCUUUAUCUCUGUCGGAGCAGGUGGCUCCUAUCAUCGAACUCAUGGCCAUCUCCAAUGCACUGUUCGCCAAGCUUAGGGACUUCAUCACCUUGCGCUUGCCUCCUGGCUUCCCCAUCAAAAUAGAAAUUCCCAUCUACCACAUCCUGAAUGCUCGCAUCACCUUUGGGAACCUAAAUGGUUGUGAAGAGGGUGGUUUGCCCCGAGUGGAUGCAGAAGGGGACGGACAGAAGGACAGCCCCAGUACAGAGACUCCAUCUCCAGGCAGCGACUCUUCCAGCGUGUCCAGCUCCAGCUCCACAAACUCGUGUCGCGGAGGAGAGAUCCCACCUUGUGUGUUUGAGGCUCCCCGAGGCUACAGCAUUUUAGGAGGAAACCAGAGGGGGAACAUUAGAGAAGAGGAAGAUGAUCUGCUACAGUAUGCCAUCCAGCAGAGCCUGAUAGAGGCUGGAUCAGAAUAUGACCAGGUGACGAUCUGGGAGGCUUUGACCAACAGUAAGCCAGGAACACACUCUCUGUCCUGUGACCCCAGCCGGCACGAAAGAACCCCACAGCACAAACCCAGCCCUGUGGAGAGCCCUCGCAGCACACCGACCAAUAAGCCACUGCACAGCUACGAUGAGCAGCUACGUCUAGCCAUGGCACUGUCCGCCCGUGAACAGGAAGAGGCAGAGCUACGUCAAAGACAAGAGGAAGAGGAACUGCAGCGUAUCAUUCAGCUGUCACUCAUGGAGAAGUGACGGGGUUAGUGGGAACUGAGGGGUGGGAGAGCAUGUCUAGGGAUCUGGAACCAACUACGUUGGCCGUUCCCAAAGGCCCCACCCUCUUCUUCCAAAGAACUGGAUAAAAUGGGCCGAUCUCUGGUCCAGUCUCAAAUGAGUCGUUCAGAAUCACAGAGAAACCUCUGUCUUCACUGCAAGUUUACAAACACAAACUACUAAACUCAUGACAAUCCACUGACUGAUCAGCACCGGUCUGGUCUCUUAAUGUGUGAAUGUGCAUUUAUGACUGAGACAAUCCACACUGCGUACCUUGGCGUCGUUUCUAAAAGCCAUCAUCCGAGCACUCGCCCAGAGUUCUUGCAUACUCACCCGCAGGUGUGAGUUCUGGGGGAAUCUUGUCACUUUUUUAGUUUUGAAUUAUAGACGAACUUUCAUUUUGGUUGCUAAUACACAUCAGAUUCACUGCACUUGGAUUGAGGAGCCAUGACGUCUCCUAACAGAAUGUGUGAGGGCAUUAAACUCACACAAGAGUUUAUCGAUCACAGCUCCAUCGAUCUUGAUGGGAAUGCUGCAUUCACAAAAACGUAGAAGAAAAACGUAAAGAUUUGUGAAACUGACACUUCCAUUAUGCAACCAAAGUUGCUUAAUAACAACUUUUGGUUAAUGCCAUUUCAUUAAUCACUAAACUUUGAGGAUCUCAUACAGGAGGGUUUUAAGAAAAUGUUUUCCUAUUUGAUUUCAAAGACCUGUUCGCA